AGUCUCAGGGAAGAGUCGCGCCCCCGCGGGUGGGAGCCGCGCUGGCCCAUUCUGCAGAUGGGGACCCCGAGUCAGAGGCCGAACGGGACCUCCUCGGGGGUAGAGGUGGCAUGGGACGCGAGCCGCGCAGUCCCGGCCCUCGAGGAGGGCGCGGCGGGGCGGGUAUGCGGGGCGCAGCCGGUGCCGUUCGUCCCGCAGGUCCUGGGCGUGAUGAUCGGGGCCGGAGUGGCCGUGCUGGUCACGGCCGUGCUCAUCCUGCUGGUGGUGCGGAGGCUGCGAGUGCCGAAAACCCCGGCCCCCGAUGGCCCCCGGUAUCGGUUCCGGAAGAGGGACAAAGUGCUUUUCUAUGGCCGGAAGAUUAUGCGGAAGGUGUCACAGUCCACUUCCUCUUUAGUGGACGCCUCUGUCUCCACCACUUCCCGGCCACGCAUGAAGAAGAAACUGAAGAUGCUCAACAUUGCCAAGAAGAUUCUUCGUAUCCAGAAAGAGGCGCCCACCCUGCAGCGGAAGGAGCCCCCGCCCUCCGUGCUGGAGGCUGACCUGACCGAGGGGGACCUGGCCAACUCCCACCUGCCCUCCGAGGUGCUCUACAUGCUAAAGAACGUCAGGGUGCUGGGCCACUUUGAGAAGCCGCUCUUCCUGGAGCUGUGCCGGCACAUGGUGUUCCAGCGGCUGGGCCAGGGCGACUACGUCUUCCGGCCCGGGCAGCCGGACGCCAGCAUCUACGUGGUGCAGGACGGGCUCCUGGAACUCUGCCUGCCGGGCCCUGACGGGAAAGAGUGUGUCGUGAAGGAAGUGGUCCCCGGGGACAGCGUCAACAGCCUUCUCAGCAUCCUGGAUGUGAUCACCGGUCACCAGCACCCCCAGAGGACGGUGUCCGCCCGGGCCGCCAGGGACUCCACAGUGCUGCGGCUGCCAGUGGAGGCCUUCUCCGCGGUCUUCACCAAGUACCCGGAGAGCUUGGUGCGGGUGGUGCAGAUCAUCAUGGUGAGGCUGCAGCGAGUCACCUUCCUGGCACUGCACAACUACCUGGGGCUGACCAACGAGCUGUUCAGCCACGAGAUCCAGCCCCUGCGCCUGUUCCCCAGCCCUGGGCUCCCAGCCCGUACCAGCCCCGUGCGUGGCUCCAAGCGAGUGGUUAGCGCCUCAGCCGCUGACGAGCCCAGGGAGACCCCCGGCCGGCCAACUGACCCCACCGGGGCCCCACUGCCUGGACCUGCAGCCCCGAUCCUAGCUCUGGACCUAGCAGCUCUGACCGGUCGGAGUCAGCAUGUGUCUCCCCCAGGAGACCCCGUGAAGCCCGCGUCCCUGGAAGCGCCCUCCGCCCCUCUGCUGAGUCGCUGUAUCUCCAUGCCCGUGGACAUAUCAGGCUUGCAGGGCGGGCCCCGCUCCGACUUCGACAUGGCCUACGAGCGGGGCCGGAUCUCCGUGUCUCUUCAAGAAGAGGCGUCCGCGGGGCCCCUGGCAGCCCCUGCCCGGACCCCCACUCAGGAGCCCCGGGAGCAGCCAGCGGGUGCCUGUGAGUACAGCUACUGUGAAGACGAGUCGGCCACCGGCGGCUGCCCCUUUGGGCCCUACCAGGGCCGCCAGACAAGCAGCAUCUUCGAGGCGGCAAAGCGGGAACUGGCCAAACUGAUGCGGAUUGAGGACCCCUCUCUUCUGAACAGCCGCGUCUUGCUGCACCACGCCAAAGCCGGCACCAUCAUCGCCCGCCAGGGGGACCAGGACGUGAGCCUGCACUUCGUGCUCUGGGGCUGCCUGCACGUGUACCAGCGCAUGAUUGACAAGGCGGAGGAUGUGUGCCUGUUCGUGGCGCAGCCCGGGGAGCUGGUGGGGCAGCUGGCCGUACUCACUGGCGAGCCCCUCAUCUUCACGCUGCGAGCCCAGCGCGACUGCACCUUCCUGCGCAUCUCCAAGUCCGACUUCUAUGAGAUCAUGCGCGCACAGCCCAGUGUGGUGCUGAGCGCCGCGCACACGGUGGCCGCGAGGAUGUCGCCCUUCGUGCGCCAGAUGGACUUCGCCAUCGACUGGACGGCGGUGGAGGCGGGACGCGCGCUGUACAGGCAGGGCGACCGCUCCGACUGCACCUACAUCGUGCUCAACGGGCGGCUGCGCAGCGUGAUCCAACGCGGGAGCGGCAAGAAGGAGCUGGUGGGCGAGUACGGCCGCGGGGACCUCAUCGGCGUGGUGGAGGCGCUGACCCGGCAGCCGCGAGCCACGACGGUGCACGCGGUGCGCGACACAGAGCUGGCCAAGCUCCCCGAGGGCACCUUAGGGCACAUCAAACGUCGGUACCCGCAGGUGGUGACCCGCCUUAUCCACCUGCUGAGCCAGAAAAUUCUCGGGAAUUUGCAGCAGCUCCAAGGACCUUUCCCAGCAGGCUCGGGGCUGGGAGUGCCCCCCCACUCGGAGCUCACCAACCCAGCCAGCAACCUGGCCACGGUGGCGGUCCUGCCCGUGUGUGCUGAAGUGCCCAUGAUGGCCUUCACGCUGGAGCUGCAGCACGCCCUGCAAGCCAUCGGCCCCACACUCUUGCUCAACAGUGACAUCAUCCGGGCGCGCCUGGGGGCCUCUGCGCUGGAUAGCAUCCAAGAAUUCCGGCUGUCGGGGUGGCUGGCCCAACAGGAGGACGCGCACCGCAUUGUGCUCUACCAGACGGACGCAUCGCUGACGCCCUGGACCGUGCGGUGCCUGCGCCAGGCCGACUGUAUCCUGAUCGUGGGCCUGGGGGACCAGGAGCCCACUCUGGGCCAGCUGGAGCAGAUGCUGGAGAACACGGCCGUGCGCGCCCUCAAGCAGCUUGUCCUGCUGCACCGGGAGGAGGGCCCGGGCCCCAUGCGCACCGUGGAGUGGCUCAACAUGCGCAGCUGGUGCUCGGGGCACCUGCACCUGCGCUGCCCUCGCCGCCUCUUCUCGCGCAGGAGCCCGGCCAAGCUGCACGAGCUCUACGCGAAGGUGUUCUCCAGGCGCGCGGACCGGCACAGCGACUUCUCCCGCUUGGCGCGCGUGCUCACGGGAAACACCAUUGCCCUGGUGCUGGGCGGGGGCGGGGCCAGGGGCUGCUCGCAUAUCGGGGUGCUGAAGGCGUUGGAGGAGGCCGGGGUUCCCGUGGACCUGGUGGGCGGCACGUCCAUUGGCUCCUUCAUCGGGGCCCUCUAUGCAGAGGAGCGCAGCGCCAGCCGUACCAAGCAGAGGGCCCGGGAGUGGGCCAAGGCCAUGACGUCGGUGCUGGAACCCGUGCUGGACCUCACCUACCCCGUCACCUCCAUGUUCACCGGCUCGGCCUUUAACCGCAGCGUGCACCGCGUCUUCCAGGAUAAGCAGAUUGAGGACCUGUGGCUGCCCUACUUCAACGUGACCACAGACAUCACGGCCUCGGCCAUGCGUGUGCACAAGGAUGGCUCCCUGUGGCGGUAUGUGCGUGCCAGCAUGACGCUAUCGGGCUACCUGCCCCCACUGUGCGACCCCAAGGACGGGCACCUCCUCAUGGACGGCGGCUACACCAAUAACCUGCCAGCGGACAUCGCCCGCAGCAUGGGCGCCAAAACGGUCAUCGCCAUCGACGUGGGCAGCCAGGACGAGACGGACCUCAGCACCUAUGGGGACAGCCUGUCCGGCUGGUGGCUGCUGUGGAAGCGGCUGAACCCCUGGGCGGACAAGGUGAAGGUGCCAGACAUGGCAGAGAUCCAGUCCCGCCUGGCCUACGUGUCCUGCGUGCGGCAGCUGGAGGUGGUCAAGUCCAGCUCCUACUGCGAGUACCUGCGCCCGCCCAUCGACUGCUUCAAGACCAUGGACUUCGGGAAGUUCGACCAGAUCUAUGACGUGGGCUACCAGUACGGGAAGGCUGUGUUCGGAGGCUGGACCCGUGGCGACGUCAUUGAGAAGAUGCUCACAGACCGGCGGUCUGCGGACCUGAAUGAGAGCCGCCGCGCAGACGUGCUCGCCUUCCCAAGCUCGGGCUUCACCGACCUGGCCGAGAUCGUGUCCCGGAUCGAGCCCCCCACCAGCUACGUCUCUGAUGGCUGCGCCGACGGGGAGGAGUCGGACUGCCUGACCGAGUAUGAGGAGGACGCGGGACCUGACUGCUCCAGGGACGAGGGGGGCUCCCCGGAGGGCGCGAGCCCCAGCACAGCCUCGGAGAUAGAGGACGAGAAGUCCAUCCUCCGGCACCGGCGCUGCCUGCCCGUGGAGCCUCCCUGCUCGGCCGCGGAUGCCUGAGGACCUCCCCGGAGGGACCCCCACCGCCCCAGGGCUGGGCUGGGGGUACGCUCCCCUUGCUGCUGCUGCUAUGUCUGGGGCCCCGCUGGGUCCUGCCGCCCUCUGGGGCCCACACACUGGACUGACCUGCCCCGAGGGGAGGGGCACGACUGCACUGAUGACCCUUGACCUACUAGGUCACCCUCCCAAUAAACUUCGACCUCUUGGAAAUGA